GGGUCGAGUUCCUUGCGGAGUAUUUUAAGUGACACUCCCGCUGCAAGAAGACCGCGGACUUUUUUUGGUUUCCUUACGCGUUACUACUUGCGAUCUUAUUUUCACACGAUACAGUUUUAUUUGUCGCUGAAUGAAAAUGUUACGCUUUGAUGUAUAAAGGGAGUAUUAGGACAAUCACAAUGAAUCUCGACAGACUUCGACAACGUGUACGAGACUACAUUGAUCAGCAACAGUAUCAAAGCGCUUUAUUUUGGGCAGAUAAGAUUGCAUCCCUGUCUCAUGAAGACCCCCAGGAUAUCUACUGGCUUGCACAGUGCCUUUACCUCACCUCCCAGUACCACAGAGCCUCCCAUGCCCUCCGCUCACGGAAACUAGAUCAGUUGUAUGGCGCGUGUCAAUAUCUCGCUGCUAGAUGCCACUAUGCUGCCAAAGAGUUCCAGCAGGCCUUAGACAUCCUGGACAUGGAGGAGCCAGUCAGCAAGAAGCUGCUGGACCAGCGUGUCGAAGAGGACCACGGGAUACAACAGUCGCCCAAGGACUGGGAGAUGAGCCCUGCCUCUAUCGACAGUUCUAUUUGUCUCUUGCGGGGGAAGAUCUAUGAUGCUAUGGACAACCGGCCUCUUGCCACGUCCAGCUACAAAGAGGCCUUGAAACUGGACGUGUACUGCUUUGAAGCCUUUGACCUUCUAACGUCCCAUCACAUGCUGACCGCUCAGGAAGAAAAGGACUUCCUGGACUCACUUCCUCUGAGCCAACAGUGCACUGAGGAGGAAGAUGAAUUACUUCACUUCCUGUUUGAGAAUAAAUUGAAGAAGUAUAACAAACCCAGUGAUAUGGUGGUCCCAGAGAUGGUCAACGGUCUCCAGGACAACUUGGAUGUGGUGGUCUCCAUCGCAGAGAGGCAUUAUUACAACUGCGACUUCAAAAUGUGCUACAAACUCACAUCCAUGGUGAUGGUGAAAGACCCAUUCCAUGCCAACUGCUUACCUGUUCAUAUAGGAACACUGGUGGAGCUCAGCAAAGCAAAUGAACUGUUUUACCUUUCACACAAGCUUGUGGACUUGUAUCCCAACAACCCAGUCUCUUGGUUUGCUGUGGGAUGCUACUAUCUAAUGGUCGGUCACAAAAAUGAACACGCUCGUAGAUAUCUCAGCAAGGCAACAACUUUGGAGCGGACGUACGGUCCGGCAUGGAUCGCCUACGGUCACUCGUUUGCGGUGGAGAGUGAACACGACCAGGCCAUGGCUGCCUACUUCACCGCUGCGCAACUGAUGAAGGGGUGCCAUCUCCCUCUGUUGUACAUAGGGCUGGAGUAUGGCCUUACUAACAACUCUAAACUGGCCGAGCGCUUCUUCAGCCAGGCCUUGAGUAUCGCACCAGAAGACCCCUUUGUCAUGCACGAGGUGGCCGUGGUGGCCUUCCAGAACGGAGACUGGAAAACAGCCGAGAAGUUGUUCCUGGAUGCCAUGGACAAGAUCAAAGCCAUUGGGAACGAGGUGACCGUGGACAAGUGGGAGCCUCUCCUGAACAACCUGGGUCACGUUUGUCGAAAACUGAAGAAGUAUGACCAGGCGUUGGAGUACCACCGCCAGGCCCUGGUUCUCAUCCCUCAGCACGCCUCAACCUACUCGGUCAUCGGAUAUGUGCACAGCCUCAUGGGAGACUUCGAGAGCGCCAUCGACUACUUUCACACGGCACUCGGUCUUAAAAGAGAUGACACGUUUUCUGUGACUAUGCUCGGCCACUGCAUUGAGAUGUACAUUGGAGACACGGAUGCCUACAUAGGUCAAACUUCCUACAUGGGGACGGACAUAAAGGACAAAGUCCGCGGAACGCUGAGCACGCCAGUGUUGAUGAAGAUGCUGAACAUGUCAACGGAACCCAGUGACGCUCGAGCCACGCCACUUCUGGAGGAGAGCGUCAUCAUGGUCCGAGAGACGUUGCCGUCCAAUCAGGACAAGGCCUUGUUGGACACGCCCCUUCGGCGCUCGCUGCCCCUGGAGUGUGACAUGUACGAGAGCGACAUGAUGCUUGAGACCUCGAUGUCGGACACCAGCACGUAAUGUCACUGAUGACAUGAUCGUCGUAGUGACCAGUUGUGGGACCAAUUCUAAACCAGACCUUUGGCACUUAUCUUUAGGUUUCUUGUCGACUUCCCCUCUUUGGGAUUUGAAAUGAUUGGAUUGGUGUAGCUUAAGCGGUGGGGAACAACCUGGGUCUCGCUUAAUAGAAUGUAAGGCAGAGUUUUUAGCAUAAAUUUGAGCUCUAGUCCAACUGGUUUUCUACCGUAUAGUAAAAUUAUUUUUUUUUGCGGCUGAAUUAAUAUUGCUCCCAGUAAUCCAGUCCUUUCAGAUUCCCAAGGGCCCAGGGAUGUGGGGUGAGUGAUUGGUUUGGAAUAGGGCCUCAGGUAGGUAGUUUGUUGAAGAAGUGGGGAAAGCAGAGACAUUGUCCUCGGAUGCUUGACUGAACGGAAUUAAUGCAGCCGCAACACCCUUUGAGCUCCAACUGACUGUGUCCCGUAUCCCUGCCUCCUAGCAGGAACAUGUGGGAUGCUUAAUGCAGCCGCAACACCCUUUGAGCUCCAACUGACUGUGCCCCGUAUCCCUGCCUCCUAGCAGGAACAUGUGGGAUGCUUAAUGCAGCCGCAACACCCUUUGAGCUCCAACUGACUGUGUCCCGUAUCCCUGCCUCCUAGCAGGAACAUGUGGGAUGCUUAAUGCAGCCGCAACACCCUUUGAGCUCCAACUGACUGUGCCCCUUAUCCCUGCCUCCUAGCAGGAACAUGUGGGAUGCUCAAUGCAGCCGCAACACCCUUUGAGCUCCAACUGACUGUGUCCCGUAUCCCUGCCUCCUAGCAGGAACAUGUGGGAUGCUUAAUGCAGCCGCAACACCCUUUGAGCUCCAACUGACUGUGCCCCGUAUCCCUGCCUCCUAGCAGGAACAUGUGGGAUGCUUAAUGCAGCCGCAACACCCUUUGAGCUCCAACUGACUGUGUCCCGUAUCCCUGCCUCCUAGCAGGAACAUGUGGGAUGCUUAAUGCAGCCGCAACACCCUUUGAGCUCCAACUGACUGUGCCCCUUAUCCCUGCCUCCUAGCAGGAACAUGUGGGAUGCUUAAUGCAGCCGCAACACCCUUUGAGCUCCAACUGACUGUGUCCCGUAUCCCUGCCUCCUAGCAGGAACAUGUGGGAUGCUUAAUGCAGCCGCAACACCCUUUGAGCUCCAACUGACUGUGUCCCGUAUCCCUGCCUCCUAGCAGGAACAUGUGGGAUGCUUAAUGCAGCCGCAACACCCUUUGAGCUCCAACUGACUGUGUCCCGUAUCCCUGCCUCCUAGCAAGAACAUGUGGGAUGCUUAAUGCAGCCGCAACACCCUUUGAGCUCCAACUGACUGUGCCCCGUAUCCCUGCCUCCUGGCAGGAACAUGUGGGAUGCUUACCUGUGGAUUUUUACUUUGAAUAAACAAAACUGUCUGAAUGCCAGAACUUUUUGUUGAAAAUAUUGUUGGUAAUUCCUACAAUAAACCAUGCAUUUGUCUUUUUA